AUGUCUAUAUUUCGUAUACCGCUGCUGCUGCUACUGGGCCCUGAGUUCUGGGUUGGAGUCGUCGCCAGCCCAACCGAUGACAGCGCGCUGCGAGGCGGCCAUGGAGAACACGGAGAGCCCGGUCACCAAGAGCAUCACAAGGACUCAUAUAGCACGUUUGCCUCCGAAUUUCUUGAGUCCAGAUACCUGUCCGACGACGGUUAUCCUUUCCCCACGGCUCCCCCUGUCGACCCUUUCGCCCGGAUCAAAGUUACCGACUGUGGAGUAACUAAGGGUUGUGUGCGAUAUGGGAAGCCAGGCUGUGAUGCAGAUUCCUGUGACUACUUCCUAAGUUACAGACGUAUCGGCACGGAUGUGGAGUUUGAGCUGAGCGCAGAAACAGAUGGAUGGGUUGCAGUCGGAUUCUCCUCCGAUAAGAAAAUGGGUGGUGACGACGUGAUGGGCUGUGUUCACGAUGACAACGGUCGGGUUCGGAUCCACCACUUCUACAACGUGGGCCAAUGGGCCAAGGAGAUCAAGCGGAACCCGGCGCGGGACGAGGAGGGCAUCUUCGAGAACGGACGGGUGACGUGCCGCUUCAAGCGCCCCCUCUACGUACCCCGUGAAGAAACACUGGUGGACCUCCACCUCAGCUGGUACUACCUGUUCGCCUGGGGACCGGCCAUACAAGGCUCCAUCACCAGGCACGACAUAGACUCUCCGCCCGUGUCCGAUCACAUGCUCAGCAUCUACAAGUACGAGGACAUCUUCAUGCCCUCCACGGCCUACCAGACCUUCAACUCGCCCCUCUGUCUGCUCCUCAUCGUGGCCCUCACCUUCUACCUGCUCAUGGGCACACCGUAACCAGGACGACGGAGCUAU